CCAGCUAUUUGCAUCUCAUGAGGUCUAAGGGAAACAAACUGACCCUCAGCCUUCCUCCACCCAGCCAAAUUCUGAUGGGACCCUCAAAUAGCUGUGGCAGGGUUCUGUUUCUUUUGGACUUGAUGAAUGUUUGUUUCUGCAGAGACCUUUAAUUAUUUCUUCCUUCAUUUUGCUGCACAAGUUACCAAGAGGAGCAGCUUAAAACCAAAUGUUUGCUUUCUAACCUUGAGCAAGACAAUUUGUUUUGAGUACAAACAAGAAGAUGAAGACCUUCCUGCCCUUUCUCCCACCACUCUUACUCCUGCAGAGUACCCAAUGCUCAUAAUUCCAGUAGCUGCACAUAGAAAUAGUGAAGACAGCUUCAUUUGUUGGUGUCUGGCCUAUCAGUAUCCCAUGGAGAAGCCCACCAGAAUGACCAGCAAUCACACAGACUGUCAUUACUGCCUGCAGUCUCUUUGUGGAAGGAAGUAUGCAUUAAGAAAAGAAAAUGCUUAUUGUAUUCCAUGUUAUGACAGCCUGUUUGCCAAUCCCUGUGAAGAAUGCAAGCAACCUAUUGAGUGUGAUUCCAGGGAUCUGGCCUACAAAGGCCGCCACUGGCAUGACAGAUGCUUCAGGUGUGCCAAAUGCAGUCGCUCACUGGUGGAGAAGCCGUUUGCUGCCAAGGAUGAGCUCUUGCUGUGCACUGAGUGCUACUCUGAUGAGUAUUCAUCUAAGUGUUUCCACUGCCAGAAGACCAUUAUGCCUGGUUCCCGUAAAAUGGAAUUCAAGGGAAGUUCCUGGCAUGAAUCCUGUUUUGUUUGCCAGUAUUGCCGGCAGCCGCUGGGAACAAAACCACUGAUCACCAAGGACAAGGAGAAUUACUGCCUGCCUUGUUUUGAGAAGCAGUUUGCUCACCAUUGCUACUCUUGCAAAAAGGUAAUAACUUCUGGGGGAGUGACCUAUGAUGACCAACCUUGGCAUACAGAAUGCUUUGUGUGUGCUGGGUGUGAAACUCCACUUGUUGGACAGAGGUUUAUUUCCAAAGAUGAGUACCCCUACUGUGUGGACUGUUUUGGCAAACUGUAUGCUAAGAAGUGUGCUUCUUGCAAGACACCUAUUACAGCUCUUGGAAGUGCCAAAUUUAUCUCCUUUGAAGAGCGCCAGUGGCAUGGGGAGUGCUUUAACUGUGCAAAGUGCUCUGUCUCGCUGGUGGGCCAGGGAUUCCUCACUCAGCAGGAUGAUGUCUUUUGUCAUGAAUGUGGCUCUGCUUCAUAGUUCUGUGGAGAGCUGUACAGCUGCCUUCUUCUUGCUCUGUAAUGAUGCUCAUUACUCUGCAGAAAGAAAACCAUAUGAACAGUAGAACAGCUAUUUAGUCAUUCACGCAACUUUCCAAAAGCACAGUUCUUAACUGCUUAUUGAAAAAAUUUAUAGAGGCCCAUACUGGUUAAGAAAAAAAUGCAGAAAGCAUUGGUAUAUAUAUUUUAAAUCUAGCUAGAGUUAUGUUUCUCCUUGUAACACACUGCACUCUGCUGUUAGAAGCUUAAAAAUUUACAUUUCAUCUCCCAUGAACCAAGGAGGAUUGGGAAAAGUCUAUAUGGCAUAUGACCAAUGAUGAGGCAUAAGCACUGUUUCACAGAGGCAGACCUUGGUGUGGAAAGCUCUGCACAUGCAGUUUUCUAUUGGAUCAUAACACUGGUGAGAACAAUUUGUAAAGAUCAAUUUCCUCCAUACUUUGGGCAAAAAAAGGUGCUGACAAAGCAGGCAGAGAGUGAGGGGAGUGGAUACUUUUACACAGAGAGACACCAAGUCUAGGAGGCCCGUGCCACAAGUUACAGGGGAAAAAAAGAUCAUUUUUCUCUCCUUACUGACAUUGCUCCCCAGAAACAUAGUCUUUAGUCAUCCAAAGAACUGAGUGACUGGUACUUUCCCAAAAAUGGUUAACUGUUCUGAAUCAUUCACGCAUAAAUAAAUACCUAUUUUGAGCUGCUGUAAGAGGUGGAGGCUGUUCAAGAUUGGUUAGUGCUGAUGUGCACUGUCCCAUAGUUAAUAUGCUGCCUUAAGACUGCUUCCAUCAUCUUCACUAGACCUUCAAAUAUACUCAUAAAAUGUAUAUUUUUAUUAGUAAACACAAGAAUCAAUUCAUACUUGUCUGCUUGACCUUGCACUUUUCCUUCCCUCAAAACCCAUUUGCCAGCAAUCAAAGCACUGUUAAUGCCCUUAGUAUUUUCACCCUGCUAGGUCUUUUAUUCAAAGAAAAGAAAAGUCUACCCCUUUUCUUGUAAGUAUCUGCUUGUCUAGACCGGGCUACAAGCUCUUCAGAACCAAUACCUGAUUCAUUUUUCCACGUGCCACAUGCAUUUGCCAAUAUUAUGUCAAGAUUCAGUAAUGUUGCCAUUGUAAGCCAGGCAGUCCCUGCUUUAGUACAAGAUAUUAGUUUCUAGGUACGUGGCUUUGAGAAGGUUAUAUCGGCUUGCUCAGCUUCAGCCCUAAAGUGUCUAUUAGUAAAGGUCAUCUAGAGAGGAGUUAGAAACAUUUAUCUUCUUCUAUAUUGUAUGUUAAGAGCAGCCUCAUUCAAAUAACAGUGUCUGUACCAAGUUGUUGAGAGCUGUGCAGUGAUAUUAAGACUGGCAGAGUCUGCACUACUCAGCAGUUUCAGUCCUCAUGUUGUACACCACAGAUGCUCCUUUAGGCUCUGACCUUAAGUUAUUUAGCUGACUUGAGUGUGCUCCAUUCAUACUGAAGGCAGACAUUACUUUAGCUAGAAGAGUGAAAAGAAA